AUGUCUUUUGCAGUAAACAACUCCAGGAGGAUAGAGGCCCUCGCUGGCAUCCCCACAUAUCAAAACCAGUUCACAGCCUGGUACUGGCAGAUGUCCGUGGUCGGCACCUGGACUUUGGUGGGCUCAAUGUUUUACUUUGGCCAUAAAAAGGAGAAGCCAACAGAUGAUGAAGUAGAACAAAAGGAUGUCUCAACAAGUGAAGUACCCAGUGAACUAUCUGAAUGCCCAAAAGGAUUUUAUGUGGAAAGGAUGGUCACAUAUAAAGAAGAUUUUGUCCCAGUUACUGAAAAGAUCCUCUACUAUUGGAAAUCAUGGACUAGUGGCCCUGGUGCAGAAUCAUGA